AUGAUGAGUGCUCAAUUUCCACCAAGUGAUGUUACCGAGAUAGUGGAAGAAAUUGCAUCCAUACUUAUCAAGAGAGGUGAAACUAUAUCUGUUUCAGAAGCCGCUUGUGGUGGAUUAUUAUCAGCUUAUUUAGUUUCAGUUCCAGGUGCUUCACAAUGGUUCCAUGGUGGUACUUUGGUCUAUAGUUUAAAAUCAAGAUUAAAACUUUCUGGGUGGUCAGAAGAAGAUAUUUUAAAUUAUACAGGUCCUUCAGAAAAAGUUGUAUUAAGGUUAGCAAGAACUUUAAGAAUGGAUCUUGGUUCAACUUAUGUUUUAUCAGAAACUGGUAUUGCAGGUCCUGUUAUUCAAGCACAAGAUGAAACUGGGAAAUCAGUCUAUACAAAUGAAGAUAUAGGUACUGUGUUUUUGGGUGUUGCAAGUCCAAAUGGUGAAAGUUCCACAGUUAAAAGAACGUUGUCAAAUGAUAGAUCUAAAAAUAUGCAAGAGUUUGCAAAAUUUGGUUUAGAAUUCAUUUUAGAUGAAUUGAAGAAAGCUGAAGGGAAAGAUGGUGAAAAAGAUGAUAAUGGAAAAGAUGAUAAUGAAAAAGAUGAUUCGAAAACCAAUGGUGACUCUCAUAAAGACAAGAAACAAAAAGUAUAA